AUGAAACCCCAAUCAUCGCCGAUCCCCAUCCCCGCCUUCGCAACCACCCAGCUCCACCACCUUAAAACCGAACACAGCCUCGAGAUCGCCUCCUCCACCCUCUCCGCCGCCUCCGUCGCCGCCAGCCCCGCCACGCGCCGCACCCUCCAGGCCACGGGCCACGCGCUCACGGGCCUGGUGCUCUCGCAGACGCGCACGGGGUUGGGCGGGCGGUUGGUUGGGGAGUUUGUGCCGGAUGCGGCGACUACGUCCUCUAACAGCUCUAAGGGAGGAGGCGAUGGCAACAGCCAGGGCGGGAAUAAUGGCAAGGAUGAUGGGCGGUUACGGCUCCCUGCGCAUGGCAUCCGGGUCGGGGAUGUGGUGAGGUGUUUGGAGAUUAGUAAUUCUUCGUCGUCGGCGGGGGCGAAGAAGGGGAAGAAAGAUGGUGGUGGUGGUGGCAGUAAGGCGCCGGAGGGGGUGGUCACCAGGGUUGGGGAGGGGGCGGUUUGGGUUGCGUUUGGCCAGCAGGGGGCUGCUGCGUCGGCCGGGGGAAAGAAGGAGGAGGAUGAGGGAGUGGAGGAGUUGUGGGGGAAGAGGGUUUGGUUUGUGAAGCUGGCGAAUGAUGUUACGUUUCGAAGGAUGAACCAGACGAUGGAUCGCAUGGCCAAAAUGCAGGAAUCCGAUCAUACUCACUUCAUGCGCGUCGCGUUCGGACAUACCACCCCCCUCACACCCGACUACGAUGUCUGCAAGGACAUGGAGUUUACCGAUCCCACGCUCAACGACUCCCAGAAAGAGGCGAUCCGGUUCGCACUGGCGUCGCGCGAUAUCGCCCUCAUCCACGGUCCGCCGGGCACGGGAAAGACGCAUACCCUGAUCGAAUUGAUCGUGCAGCUGGUGCAGCGGAAACAGCGCGUCUUGGUCUGCGGGCCCUCGAACAUCUCGGUGGAUAACAUCGUCGAGCGACUGGUCCCCAAGAAGAUCCCCGUGGUGCGCAUUGGUCACCCCGCGCGACUGCUGCCGGCGGUGCUGGAUCACUCGCUCGAGGUGUUGACGCAGACAUCCGAGGCGGCCGGGAUUGUGCGGGAUGUGCGCCGCGAGAUCGACCAGAAACAGGCCAGCAUCCGAAAGACGCGGACGGGACGGGAGCGGCGCGCCAUCUACGACGAUUUGAAGGAGUUGCGGCGAGAGUACCGCGAGCGGGAAACGAAAUGUGUGGUGGACUUGGUGCGCGAAAGCAGCGUCGUGUUGGCGACGUUGCAUGGGGCGGGCGGGCAUCAGUUGCGCGGGCAAAAAUUCGAUGUGGUCGUGAUCGACGAGGCCAGCCAGGCCCUGGAGCCCCAAUGCUGGAUCCCGCUGCUGCCGGCGUCCAAGGUCAUCCUGGCCGGUGACCAUCUGCAGCUGCCGCCCACCGUCAAAUCAACGCGCGAGCAGACAAAAACCAGCAGUGCGGAGGCGGGGGUGGAUCUGUUGCCCGACGUUUCGUUGGAGACUACGCUGUUUGACCGGUUACUGGCCACGCAUGGACCGGGGAUCAAACGCAUGCUCACCACCCAGUAUCGUAUGCAUGAAACCAUUAUGCAAUUCCCCUCGCAGGAGCUGUACGAGUCGAAAUUGAUAGCAGCUGACGCCGUGCGGGCGCGUCGGUUGGCGGACUUGCCAUACGAAGUACAGACGACGGACGAUACGAUAGCACCCCUGGUCUUCUGGGACACCCAGGGCGGGGACUUCCCUGAGACGGCGGAGGAAUCGGGGCUAGGUAAGUCAGAGAAACUAUUGGGGGAAAGCAAGAGUAAUUCGAUGGAGGCAUUGGUGGUAGGGCAGCAUGUCGAUGCCCUGGUGGCGGCUGGGGUGCAACCGAACGAUAUUGCAGUAAUUACCCCGUACAACGGACAGCUCGCAGUGUUGUCGCAGAUGCUCCGCGAGAAAUAUCCCGACCUGGAAUUGGGCAGCGUCGACGGCUUCCAGGGGCGCGAAAAGGAGGCAGUAGUGGUCAGCCUGGUGCGCAGUAACGAGGCCCGCGAAGUUGGAUUUCUGGCCGAGAAGCGUCGGCUGAAUGGUAAGAUAAUGGCCAUGACGCGGCCGAAGCGACACUUAUGCAUCUGCGGUGAUUCGGAGACGAUCAGCCAAGGAAACGGGUUUUUGAAGCGCUGGAUGGAGUUUCUAGAAGAACAGGCUGAUCUGCGCUAUCCCGAUGCAGGGACGUUCUUGUGA